AUGCUCUUACGGGCCAGCUCGCCUCUCCUCCUCCUGCUCCUGAUGGGCGCCGCCGCCGACCCCCUGCGCGAGGCGAUCAUGGGCCAGACCGAGGCUCAACUCGAGGGCAUCGCAGACCGGGUCGGCAUUGAUCACGGUGUGAUGCAGGGCGAGGGCCGGCUCGAGGCGCUGAGGAAGGCGGGGCUGCCCGAGGAUGAGGCAGCGCUGGCGGCUAGGGAGGAGGCGGAGCCGGCAGCGGCGCUCGAGGAGAGCGCGAGGCUGGAGGACGAGGCGAGGCGCCCAGCGGAGGAGCAGGCGCCUCCCGCCGGGUCGACUGGCGACCCUCUGCUGAGUGAGGAGCAGCCCGUUGCGGCGCUCUCGCUAGCCGACGCCAACUUCGACACGGGUCGCGCAGCGGUCCCCGAGUCCACCCUGGGCGGCGAGACCACGUGCACAGUAUGCUUCACUCGGCCGAAGGAUCACGUCGCUAUCCCUUGCGGGCAUCAGUGCGCGUGCGCCGAUUGCUCCGCUAAGAUGGAGCAGUGUCCUAUCUGCCGCCAGUCCGUGCUCAUGUGGAUGGACUCAUCGCGCAUUCGCCUGGCGUGA